UUCAUCAGGUACCAGCCCCUGUGUGGCUGUGUUGAGCCCCUGGAUGCCCCUUUCUGUGGUAGGGUGGCAGCCAGGGCCAAAAAUAGCCCAGGCGGCAGCAGCAGCAGCAGCAGCAUUCCCUGCUCCCUCUCCCCGCCGCACCCCUGACGUCUGGAUCGGGCGCCUCCUCCCGCGUUUCCUCAGGAAGAAACCCAAGGCUGGAGGGAGGAAGAGGCCGCAGCACGGGCGGGACGGGACAGAGGGACAGAGUGACAGAGGGACAGAGGGACACCAGCGUGGGGCUGGGGAGCCACCAGGACUGGGGCCCUGGUGCCCUGCUGGGAUGGAGAGCGCCCGGCCCAUCCUCUGCCUCCAGCUGUGGCUGUGGGUGCAGAGCUCUGCCCAGGAGCUCGACCCCGAGGGCAGGAACGUCUGCAGGUUCCCGGCCGGCCCCGGCUGCUGUCCCGGCUGGAAGCAGGACGGGAGGGCGUGCACGGUCGCCGUGUGCGAAGGGGAGGACGCCUGCAGGGAGGGCGAGGUGUGCGUGAAACCCGGGCUGUGCCGCUGCCCACCCGGCUUCUUCGGAGCGGACUGCAGCUCCCGCUGCCCCGAGCAGUACUGGGGCCACGACUGCAAGCGGAGCUGCCCGUGCCACCCCAACGGGCGCUGCGACCCCGUGAGCGGCCACUGCACCUGCGACCCCAACCACUGGGGAGGGCUGUGCCAGUUCCCCUGCCAGUGCGGCCCCCACGGCCGCUGUGACCCCCUGACCGGCGCCUGCCACUGCGAGCCGGGCUGGUGGGCGCCCAGCUGCAGGAAACAGUGCCAGUGCAGCCCCUCCACCUCGCACUGCGACCCCCUGAGCGGGCUGUGCCGCUGCCUGCCGGGCUGGUGGGGCAGGAGGUGCAGCUUCAAGUGCUCCUGCAACGUCUCGCCCUGCGCGCAGGAGACGGGCAAGUGCGAGUGCCUGGCUGGCUACUGGGGACCGGCGUGCCAGCGGCGCUGCGACUGCGGGCACGGCUCCUGCAGUCCCGUCACCGGCCACUGCGCCUGCGAGCCGGGCUACCAGGGCAGGAGCUGCCGGGACCCCUGUCCGGCAGGGAAAUACGGAUCUCAGUGCGUUAACAGCUGUGGGAGCUGCAAGCGCAGCCAGCCCUGCUCGCCCGUGGAUGGUUUCUGCCUGGCCUGCCAGCCUGGCUGGAACGGGACCCUCUGCAAGGAUCCCUGUGCUCCUGGAUUCCAUGGCGAGGGCUGCCUCCAGCCGUGUCCCCGCUGCCAGCACGGGGAGCCCUGUGACCCCCAGACCGGGUUCUGCCUGCGCUGUGAUCCCGGCUGGACGGGGCCCAGCUGCAACAGCUCCUGCCCCGUGGGCACCUUUGGUGAUGGCUGCCAGUUCCUCUGCCCUGAGUGUGUUUCGGGGAGCUGUGACCCCGUGACAGGAGUUUGUAUCUGCCAGGCAGGCUACUGGGGAGACAGCUGCAAUGACACCUGUCCUGAGGGGUAUUUUGGAGUGAAUUGUUCCUCACCCUGCCAGUGCUCCCGGGGGACCUGCGACCCUGUGCAGGGUGACUGUGUGCUGAGUUUGAAGGACCAUGGAGCCCUUGCAGCUGCCAUCCUUGUUCCUCUCCUGCUGCUGCUGCUCUGUGUCGCCUGCUGCUGCUGUGGUGCUGGCUCAGCAGAUGCCAGAGACAGGGCGGCUGUGCCUGAUGAUGAUGUGGUGGCCAGGAUGAAGCACCACGUGCAGGGGGUGCUGGCCAACCUCAGUGCUCUUGUGCCCUGCUUUAACCUGGGUGCCUCAAAACUUCCCAAAGUCACAGUUUCCCAUCACGACAUGGAAAUCCCCUACAAUCCCAGCUUCAUCGAGCCACCAUCCUCUGCAUGGGUUUCAGACAGCUCCUUCUCCUCCUUCGACACCGACAACGAGGGACCCGAGUACUCCGUCCCUCCCAGAGAAGGCAUCCCGCUGCUGGGCGGGGCAGAGCUGCAGGAUGGAGCAUCCCGCCCUGGCGAGGCGCUCCCGGACCCGUCCGCCUUCGACUCCGAGGAUGUCUCGCAGCCCUUCGCCAUCCCCCGCACCUCCAGCAUCGCCAAGGCCAAGCGACCCUCCGUGUCCUUCGCCGAGGGGACAAAAUUCGGGGCGGCCGAGACCCCCAGCCCCAGCAGGAAGCCCAAGGCUCCGUGGGGCCCGUCCAGGCUGACCCCACCGCCGGGGGAUGCGGCGGGCGAGCCCCACGGCGAGCGCCCGGCCAGCGAUUGCUACGAGAACGCCGAGCCCCUCAGCAAAGGGGACGAAAGCCACCGGCCAUCGCCUCGGGCCACCCCGGGGGGACGGCGCAGGGUGGUGUCCAGCACCAGGCAUGUGGCCCAGAGGGUGGAGGCGCUGGAAGCAGCUGCGAAAUCCGGCAGCUGGGAGGCGAAGGGGAAGGAACCCGAUGUCACAACCAUCUACAUGGUGGUGGGAACGGCCGGGGAGGACACCAAGGCGGAGGGGACUGGCGAGGGACCGGUGCAGGCUGUGCUGAAGCGUCUGGGCAGCUUGCAGAAGGGCAAGUGGGCUGCGAAGGAGGAGCCCAAGGUGAGGAGGAGCAUGGAGGCCAUUCAGAAACCUCCUCGGAGGGCCCUGGCACAGCGCAGGGACUCGGAGAACAGCUGCAAGCAGAGGGAGAGUGUGCCCGGAGCUCCUGCCGAGUCAGCCCCCGGCAAGCUCCAGCAUCCCGCCGCAAAGAGACUGUCCCUCCUCCUCGCGUCUCUCUCGUCAAAAAACACCGGUGCCCAGGACGGGCCCAGCGAAACCGUAGGUGCCACAGAGAAGGGCAAAAGCCCGGAGUUAGUUGGUAGCCUCGAAAGGAAGGGACAGGCUGCUGCGGAGGAAGAGCCGAAAUACGAGAACGUGUCCAGCGGCGGGGCUGAUGCGCCCUCCGGCCCCGGCAAAGAGCUGCUGGCCACCCCUCCGGCCACCUGAGCCACCCCUGGCCGGGCUGGGGCCGGGGGCUGCUCCAACCCCAGCCGGGGCAGCCGAGGGCCAGCUCCGAGCUGUGACCUGGAGAAGCACCGAGCCCUCCCGGGGACCCCCUCCCGGGGACCCCCUCCCUUUCCUCCGUGCCGUGCGGCUGCUCUGGGGCCACAGCAGGGACAGCCUGUGGGGUUGUGGUGCUCAAGGACUUUUUCCUGCUCCUCCCUGCCCUACCAACCCCAUUUGUGUCUGCACAGCCCCCGGGGACAGCGAUGCUCUGGACACUGGUGGCACCCUCGAGUUCCUGUCACUGCUAGAGACACAACCAAUGCAGGGCUGCUGAGUGCUCAGCUGGGAAAUGUGUGCACAAAAUGCAGUCUCACCCCAUCGGUUUUCACCUUUCCCUGUCCCAAUUCCAGUGAUGCAGCCCGGAGCCUCUUGCUGUAAAGAUGCUUCUCGCUGAAGGGGAUUAUUUUGUGGAGCUGGGCUGAGAUGAUGGGCUGUCACAAACAGCUUCAGAGAAAAUUAAUUUUAGCUGCUUAUCUCAAAGGGUAUCUGGGUCUGUGGGGAUUUAUCUGUGUGGCUCUGGCUUCUGUGGCAAGCCCUGGCUGUCUUUGCUUCCGUGUGGAAAAGCUCAUGGCAGGACACAGGGUGUAGUGAAAGCCUUUUAAACUCCACACAGUUCCAAGCUGCAGUUGUGCAAACGUGGCAGCUGGGCAGUGACCAUCAACCUGUGUACCUGGCGCCGUGCUGAUAAGGGUGGAAGUUGCCAGAAAAUGAGAUUUCCAUGGGUGCCCUAAGCUCCUGCCACCUCCCACACCUCACUCCUGCUGUAAAGGUGGUUGAGAUGCCAAAGAGGAUUUGCAGAGUGAUCUGGGUUUAGAUGUAUCUAAGUAGUAGAAGGUUUUUGUGUAUUUUUUUCUGUUAUUCAGCGUGGUGUGAAAGCCUCGGAAUGAUAAUUAAAUGCCCUUUAGGAGA